AUGUCGAAAGCAAUUCCGAAGCAAGUUGUAAAGGUCCCGCCUGGUCAUAUCGGCAACUUGGAUUCCUCGCAGAAGAGCAAGCUGGCCAAGAUAUGGCUCCUUUACCUCCACGUUUUGGAGAACCCCGAGAAGGCGCAGUCCGGCCAAAUUAUUGCUGAUGAGGCGCCGGACGAAGGCGCACCGCCGCUUUCGAAGGAGGAAAAGGCGAAAGAGGAAAAGGCGCAUCAGGAAGAGGCGCAAGCGCUCAAACUCCUUUUCAAGACCCACGGCGUGGACGAGUUCUACAACCAGUUUUGGCUUCUCUGUGGACCUGAUAAUCCUGACAUGAUGAUGCUCAAGUUUUUGCGAGCUCGCAAGUGGAACGUACACCGUGCUUUUGCGAUGCUGUGCAAGUGUCUCAACUGGCGUAUCGAUACGGACGUUGUGGGCCUGCUCACCGAGGGCGAUCUUGGGAUUAGCAAGCGCGACUCCAAGUACCUCGCGCAGGCCGAGAGCGAGAAGGCGUUUGUCGCUGGUAUGAACGAUGAGCAAAUGCCCAUUAUUUACAUUCGCGUCAAGAAGCACUUGGGCAAGGCUCAAGGCGAAGACACGAUGACCAAGUUUAUCAUCGCUACUGCCGAGUCCUUCCGCUCGUUUAUUUCAUUUCCGAACGACAAGGUCAUUAUCGUGUUUGAUUUAAGUGGGUUCGGUAUGAAGAACAUGGAUUGGCACGCGCUCAUGACGAUUCUGCAAAUUUUGGAGGCGUACUAUCCUGAGACGCUGUACAAGCUCUACAUUGUUAAUGCGCCUUGGAUUUUCCAGGGUAUCUGGAAAGCCGUUUCGCCCUUACUCGAUCCCGUCGUGCGCAGCAAGAUUAUCUUUACCAACAAGGCAGCGGAGAUGAAAAACAUUCCCAAGGACCGUUUGAUGUCCGACCUCGGCGGUACGCUCACCGACUAUCCCCACUACAUCCCACCCAAGGAAGGCGACAAUCAGUCGCUCCCUGUGAACGACCCUAAGCGCAAGAAGGCCAUGAGCUCGUUCAUCAAAGAGGCAAAGGUAUUUGAGGAAAUGUCAAAGAAAUGGGCCGACGGCAAUGGGCGCGACGACAAGCUGGACGAAGAGCGUAUGGCCCAAAGCGAAAAGAUGCGCCUCAGAUUCCUCGAGAUUUACCCGCUUUUGCGUGCCAAGACAUUGUACGACCGUGCCGGUAUCUUUACGCCCGACUUCACGCAGCACUGGGAGUACAAACAAUCGGACGGCUCCGUAUUGACUCAGAAUGUCGGUGAGGAAUACGGUAUUAGCGCGCUGAGGAAGCGGAUUGCUCAGCGCGAGCAAUCCUUUGCACCUCAAGGGCAAUCCAAUGAGCAGAAGCAAAACAACACCAAUUUUGCUAAAGGCCCCCAGCGUGCAGGGGAUGCAUCGCAGUCCGGCAACAUGGGGGCCGAUUCUGCAGCUAGCCGUGGUAAUGAUGCUACCACAGGUGCUGUUGCGGGUGGUGCUGCUGCUGGCGUUGCUGCCGGAGGAGCUGGCGCUGCUGCAAUGGCCUCGCGCAAGAAAGCGCAGCCUGCAAACAGAUCUGCAGCUCCAUAUUCCAAGCCGUACGCAAGCUCGAUUUUGUCGACGACGAGCGGUGACGAGCAGUUCUACGACACUGUGGAGGAUAUCUCUUCUUCUAACACGCGUAAUGCAGAGCAAGGCGCUGCAGCCGGCGCCGGCGCCAGUUUGGGAGAAGUUACUCCUGCUGAGGCCGUUGCAAGUGCCACCGACUCCAAUGCAGCUGUUUCUUGGGACGACGACCGUGCAAAGACGGGUGUCUCGCAGCAGGAGUGGACACAAGGCGACGGCAAUGCCGAGCAAGAGGAGCAGCCCACCGCUCAGCAGGGAAACCAGUACGAAGAAAAAGACGCUCAGGGUUUUUCCGGUGCUGCCAGCAAGCGUGCGGAUGAGGGUGGAAUGCGCUACAAGCAAGGCACCAACAAAUCGCCGCUUGCAGGCUUUCCGGACCUCGCCAACGGCAACGGCGCCGAGACCAUUAACAAGGCAAAUGAGGAGGCGCAGCACUCGGUGCCUGCGCAGCAGCAGGCCAAGAGGGGCUUUUUUUCGCGGCUCAACUGUUUUUCCAGCAAGACUUAUUAA